AUGGCAAGCCAUCAUGAGGUUGCCGCCCGUUAUUGGGGUCACUUGAUUCAGCAGGACAAGAAACCGUCUCCCGUCUUACAACAACUACUGCUCGGGCUUGCAAAGUACAUCCUAACAUGCUUGCAGAAGAAACAUGUCGCUCCCUGGGACGUCGACUGCCUCACCCCUCCCAAGCUAGCUACCUUCUACCGACUUGUGGGCGGCGACUACGAUCCCCUGUUCCUGGACACCCAAGACUCGUCUCUGUCCUUCAUCUACCAGUCACUCGGCUGUUUCCAUACUCUCCAGCCCACCAAAGACCCGUACACAUCACCCACAGUACCCGCAUUGACAGCACGCGGCUUUGUGAAAUGGCAGACCAUGCAAUUGCUGCUUGAUCCGGCAGAACAUGUGCCAUUCCUACAGGAAGCUGUGAAGCGUUUUGACUUGGUCAAUUCGCAAGAUGGCGAACCAUUUCCCAGCUUACUCCCUCGAGAGGCUUUACCGAUGAAGCCAGACAAAGCCAUGGUGGACUGGCAUGACCUGGUAUCUGAAAAGCUCAUGCUGGAUGUUAAAGCAUCGCGAGAGCCCACAAAGACCCCCCCAGACCUCCCUUGGCCCUGA